GUGGUCACCACCGACAUAUUUACCUCACUUAGGGGAUAAAUAUGGCUGUCGCGCAACCUUGGUCAGGAAAGAACAACAACGCUUCAAAAAUGAUUUUUAGUCCAGCGAAUCAAAUUCAUAGUUGAAGAAAUAAAUAUGGAGUCUAGAUCAGUACGCUUUGGUCAGGACAGUGUCAGUGGGGAUGAAGAUGAGCAAACAUUUCUUGAGCAGAAUGGAGUUGAUGAUGAUCCCCUCCAGUAUGACACGGUCACUACAACAAACAACAGAGAAAGCACCUUGAGAAGGACAAUGUCAGAAACUAUAUUCAAUUGUGGGUGUUGCUAUGAACUCAUGGUUCAGCCAACUACGCUGAACUGUGGGCACAGUUUUUGUCGUCUUUGUCUAGCUCGCUGGUGGAAAAUAUCCAAUAACACCACCUGUCCUGGCUGUCGCCAACAAUGGAAUGGAUUCCCACACAUUAAUAUAAUUCUCAGAACCACCCUUGAAAAGAUGUUUCCUCAGAACAUUACAUCAAGACGUGAACAGUUAAAUAAUGCAGAUAAUAAGAGUCUCCUUGACGAGUUUGAGAAGUUUGGUAAAGAUGUGACAAAAAAGCAGAAAAAGCAGUCAAAUAGUGGAUUCUGUUCUGGAGUCUUCUUUUCUUUAGCUAUUGUCUUGCUGUUAUGCCUUGUGUGGGGAUUUCGAGAUGAUGACAACUUGCUGGUCAAGAAGCCUGUCAUAAAAUGGACAUCGUCUGAGGUGGCUGAAUGGGUAGCAGAGUUUGGUGCAUGGGCCAUUGAUAAUCAUUAUCCUGAAAAGUUUCUCACAAACAAUGUUGAUGGACGUCUUUUACUUGGAAUCACAGAAGAUGAUUUAAAAGUUCCCCCGUUUAAUAUUAACAUACAGCUGUACAGGAGAGCUAUCAUGAGUGAACUGCGUUUUUCAUACGACCCCACAGUGGAGCAAUGGAUUGAUUUCAUUCCUAAAUAUAUAUUUUUCCCGUACUACUUAAUAGCAAGAUUUACAUCGAAUUGGAUAGAUGUACAUGAUUACACAUGUUGGUUUAUUUUCGUCAACUGUGUACUAUUAACUUUUAUUGAAGCCACUGUGUUUAGAUGGUUAUGGAGGCAAGGCCUAAGAUCAAUUCCAUCAGCAAUGCGGCGCCAUCUUCUAGCCAUGAUUGGUACAACCAUACUAGUUCUGAUGUGGCCCGUCAUACCAUUCUUCAUCUGUGAUAGUCUUUUCUACUGGGCACUUUAUUUCACACCUGUGUUGAAUAUUGAAAAAAUCUUAAAAAUUUUGAAAGGUUGAAAGUAGCAAUGAGAGGGGUAUAGGGUCUAUAAAUGUAUAUAUAAAUUAUAAGAAAAUAAAUUUCAAUUUCUAACAUAUUUUAUGUUUUUAGCUUACUCUGGUAGUGAUAUUCGGAAAGUCAGAAUGUUAUUUUAAAUGACUCCCAAGGUGGUUCUAGUGAAUAUGACACUACCGGCAACACCUGAGCGGAGCGAAAUGGGCCACUCAGUUUAGUCACCAAUAAGUUACAGUGAUUGUAAAGUUAUUUUCAUAUUACGCAAGGGACCCUUUAUAAGAUAAUUUUUAACUAGUUUAUGUGCUUGUGUUUUGUUCAGUUCACCAUAAAUUAUAUGUCAAAUUAAAUACACUAUGACUAUAUUAUGUAAUAGGAUGUGGUUUUGUAAAUUUGUUUCAAGAGAUUUGUUUCAGGGGAUGAAUUUGGUCUCCCAGAUUGUAUUUUUCACCAAAAGUUGGUGCCUUGCAUACCCAUAUAUAAUUAAUAGAAUAAUAAUUCACUAGCAGAAAUCCAAGGUCUGCAAUGAUAAGGUUUGUCUAAACAGUAUUCUCUCCCAAGCAAAUUCACUCGCAUUGGGUUUUUGUUUGCACUGAAGUUAGUUGCAGGUAAUCUUAGUGCCAAUAACCUUUGAGUUUGAACACUAGUUUGUCGUAUGAACAGAAACAUUAUUGCAGUGUGCAGUGCUUAUUGAUGAAACAAUCAUAUUACUAUUACUUAACAAUCACUGUAACUGUUAUUGGUGACUUCGCCAUGUGGUCGUUCUGCUUUGCUCAGGUGUUAUCGGUAGUAUCUCACUACCAGUACAAGGAUAUUGUCUACUUGCAGGUGAUUUGUUGUUGUUGACACUCUGAUAUCAGUUUGUAUAUUGACAACUUUAAUUAAUCAGUAUCUGAUUAGUAGUUUAGUUUUAGUGGUUUACAUAAAACAGAGUGGGUAGUGUUAAAUGACAAAAGAAUUCAACAUUUAUUAUCGGGUAACCAGGAGUUAUCCAAAGAUUACAACAAUUAAAAAUGACUUCUGCUUUACACCAUUUGGCUACCAGUUUCCCUUUUCCUUUCUCUACCUCAGUGUUCCCCUUAUAAAAUUUAAUUAAAACUGAAAAUUCUUUAAUGAUAUGUAAAUGUGAGGAUUACUGGAUAAUUUUUGAGAAACCAUUCUUAAUUUUCAUGGAAAUGCAAAACAGUCUUGUUGUAUUUUUAUUCUUGCAUUUGAUUGAAGUAUACUUUUUUCUUGGAAUGAAUUAUUUUCUGAAAAUGUAGUUAAUCUACUAGACAGCCAAGCAGAGUUUUUUUUUUUCAUAUUUUGUCCCCACUUUUUAAAUGCAUGUUAAUACUGAGCCUGAAUUACCUUCGUGGUGUCAACGCAUCAUGAUACAUCUUGUAACAUAUACUAUGAAAAUAGCUCAUUGGUUCAGCAUAAGCUGAAGUGUUGUUUGCAUAUGCAUGGCAUAAACAUUUCACCCCAUGUGUGCUUUAUUUAGUACUACCAUUUCAAUAAGAUAAUUAUUAACCUUUUAUAAGACCAUUAAUCUGGAGUUGAAAAUGGAAAUAUAUAAAUCAUGUUUUUUUUGUAGUUUAUGCACAAGACAUGUAAUUGUAUAGCUUAAUAGCAAUAUUUACAAUAAUAAAAGUCACUCAAUAUUAAGUUAUA